AUGCAGUCGGCCCGCGGAGGAAAGCCCCGGGGAGCCGGUCGCCGUAAGACGCUGCCAGCUCCUGUCGGGUCUGCCUCACAGUCGGCAGAGUAUCAACCCAUAGAUACGGAUCCCAUUCAGCCACCUGCCUCCCUCCCUCGGAAGAGGUCAAAGACCACUGAGUUCUUUGAUGGUGCCAAUGAUGAGCCUGAAGACACGAAUCAAAAGGGUGGCCACUCACUCCGUAGGAGGACUCGGAUUGAUUACACUUUUGAAGAGGCCAAUGAGGAAGCCACUCCAACUCGCGUUAAGUCCCAGGUUGGUCCCGCUUCUGCUUCUACUCGCGGCCGCAAGAGGAGGGCCGACCACGACGACGAGGUAGACUUCGGUCCGCCUGCUAGGCGGCGCGCCACCGCUUAUGAAGUUCUUCACUACGAUGGCUCUCCAAGGAGGAAGAACCCUUCUCGAAGGACUGCGGAGACUAAGUCUUAUACCGAAUUCGCCGACGAGAACGAUGUCAAGGAUACCAUCGAAGUCGGCGGACGUCUAAAUGAGUCCGACUAUCAUGAAUCGUCUUCGCUGCUCCAGCCUUCCGACGAUGGUAACGGCGAGCCUCCCCAUUCCCCAGUCCAGGACGCCCUCCCCGAACAUUUCGUCAUCAAGUUCCCCCUCCCUUCAGAAGCCCUUAUCAGGGAGGCCGAGGCUCUAACCUCUCACAUUACCAAAUCCCCCGAGCCCAUUGAUAUUGAUCCUCGCCUACACGCGGACGCCGGCCUUUCCGAAGAGCAUGCUGCCAUGCCGCCCCAAGUUUUCGAAGAGAAGGAGCCCGUCUCUCACGCCGUGAAUGAGACCGACCAGGAUCAAGUCCCACCUGCUGAGAGCACCACUACUGGUGCCGAACUCCCUUCUUCAGUUGCUGCAACAAGCGACAUCCAAGCUCCAUCUGAAGAGCAGGUCAGUAGGCCGCGUGGCCGUUCCAUGGCUCCCCGAAUUGAGCUGGAGCAACACACCGGGAGUCAAAUCCUCGAUGAUUCAUCUGCGACGACCCUUGCAGCCAUCGAUGCUGGCAGAUCCAAGUCCGCACCUCCAAUGACAGCUCUUACCGGCUCUUCCAUGGCAACCGCAACCCCUACGGUAGUUGAUGCUCCGGUCACUGAAGUCACAGAAAAUCACCUUGAGAGCGAAAAGACCCAGUCAGAAACCCAACCGGAGAUCCAACCAGAAGUCCUCCAGCCCGCUGAGUCUACCAACAUUGAUUCUGACCAGUCAACCACCGAUACAACUGUCGCCAUUACUGUCACGCCUCCCACUGACACUGACGACGCGGCUACGAACAUCGCCCCGAAGGAUGCAAUUGUCCCUAAGGAACCAUCUCCUUCGGACGCAGUUACGACCGAAGCCAAGACUGUUGGCGAAAGUACUGUUGUCCCCAUGGUUAAGGAAAUUAAGCCCGAGAGCCAUCCUACGGUCAUCGAACCUCCUCAAGUCCCCGCUGCCCCUGUCAAGCCUUGGUCGCAUUUAACACCCCAUCUUGAGGGCCAAUGGGUCAAACACCCCGAGAGCCGCCUGCCCCAGAUUGGCGAAGCGGAAGUCUCGAACGGCAGCGGAAAGACAUUCUCCACGCCUACUACUAAGCCACUUGACGGAGACACUACUAUCCAGGCUGACGAUGAUGCGGAACUUCCUGUUGAUGCAGACCAGGAGGAUCCUGACGAGCCUGUUGAGUCUGGCGCGGCGUCGCCCGGUCUAGAGCCGUCCACCCUGAACUCCCCCGUUCCCGAUCUCAAUCACGCCACCGCAGCCAGUAGCCCUGCUGCGAACGAAGAUGAUGAUCCUGAUGAUGCGGCGACUCAAACCCCUGAUGAACUCCAGACGCAAAAGUUCUAUGAGUAUCCCCGCCUCAGGGAUACCGAUGAGUUUAAAGAAGUCCUCCAAAAUUACAAGGACAUGUCGGACGAGGACCUCUAUGCCAUGUGUGCCCAUAUCGAUGGCGCUCUAGUUGCCUUGCAAGAGGAGUACCUCCAACUUGGCGCCAUUGUCGAUGAUCACGAGAACAUCGAACGCCGCAAGGCUCAUGAUGAAGCCUACGAACAGAUGGAGAAGAGAUCUGCGAAGGUCACUCGCAAAACUUUUGUUCUUAAGGGCUACCGAGCCAAGAUGACUCAAGAAGAGAAGGAGACUGCGUAUCAGCGCCAUCAGGACCGUAUCCAAGCCGCUGCCUACGGCUUCCGGUACGACAGUCAUCAAGCAAAGGUUGGAAAGCAAGAUCCCAUCGCCCAGCGAUAUCCUGGCGACAUGGAAGAUGGCGGUGAACCCCGCCGAACUCUACGCAGUGACCCACUUCGAUCCGCUAAAGCCACCGAGGCCGCUGAUGAAAGCGGCCCGCAUAUGUCCGGCAAGCGCAUCCGGAAGCCGCGCGAAUUGUUCGAUCCUGCCACCGCCGCUACCAGUCGGAGCGCUACUCCUGUCCCCCAGAGACGCAAGCGUGGCAGUCGGCUCGUCGAAAGUUAUACCGAGGAUCACGAUACACUCGCUUCUGCAGCCCAGGAUCCGACUCUUAUCAACGGCGUUUCCGCUAACACAACUCCCCACACUGACGGAAGGACCAAGCGAGGUCGGGGCAAGCGAGCUGCCUCACCUACUGAGUCGUUUCUCGCAACCUCAUCAUCCGCUGCAGGCGAUGGAGUUAACCACGCUCCUCUCCACGAUGAAACUAUGCAACCACCUCCCGCCAAGCGCAUUCGUCGUGCUACUAAUAAGGCACAGCAAGCUGCAGCCAACGAAGCUGCAGGCUCCCGUCAUCCUGCCGUCUCUACAACCAAUUCCCACCACCACUCUGGUAUCUAUCUGAAGGAGGAAGAUGAUCAUGAGGUCGAAAAUUCGCCCCCAAGGAAGAAUCAACGCAUUGUCACUCUCAAGCCGGGCGCCAAGAAUAUCAGGGCUUUAUCCAACGCCCCGUCCGCCGCGAGCACGACCGAGGACUCGCGGCCUGGUACUUCCUCGUCGGUCUCUAGUGAAGGCUCGGCGGAUUCAUCAUACUCAUUCCGUCCUAAGCGUCAGCGCAAGUUCCGAGAUACGGGUGAUGAGUAUGCUGAAGACCAGCAGCCCAAGACCAAGAGAGCCAGAAGGGCGACCAAGAAAGCCGAGGAGAGUAGUGCCAACCACACCCUACAGCUCCCUUCGCUCCAUGAUGGAGUUGUCAGCGGCAGCAGCCAGCACGCUGAGCCCCAUCAAGCGCAAGAACAGCGCCCUCGAAUCAAGUUCUUGAACUCGGGAGUUGGCCCCUCGAUCAACGGAGCACCAUCCGGCCCUACCCCUACGAUUAGCCUUACGCAUCACGCUACCGAUGCGACUUCGGGCAGGAAGAAGGCCACUGGGCCGAAGAAGACACCCUCUAAGGCGCCUGCCAAGGGUGCCCGUGCCCAACAACCAGUAGAUGCCUCCCCGUCUGCCGAUGGCCAGGGUCCCCUCGGAGGCAUGAGCGCACAACAAUACGCAGCUCUCUCAAAGUCCGAAAAGAUGUCGCGCUCCAUGAAGAGCCGAUGGGCGAGCGGGUCGAUGCAGCAAGCUGUUGACAAGCGAAAGGCAACACUUGCCCGAAAGAAGGCCGAAAAGGCUGCCGGAACGAACGACGGCGACGAUAAUAAUGCCGAGGCGGGCGAAGAUGCCGCCAGCAAGGCACCCAGUGCCACAACCGAUGCCACGAACACCCAACCUACGACUGCCGAGCCGAGUCCUACGACCGAUACGCAUUUUGCGACCGCGAAGGCUUCCAAGGGCCCCAAGCCAAUCAAGGCUGCCAAGAUGCCCAAGAUCGCCGUCAAGGAUCAUAAGGGAAAGGGCAAGACCUCUCAGUAA